AUGAACGAAGAAAAUGAGAGCUAUGAAAAUAUUAUUCCUUUUCCUUGUCAAAAUGAAAUAUCCGCAAUAUAUAAAAAGGACAGUUAUAUGAAACACUGUCUUGUGAAAAACCAUAUCGAACCCAUAGUCUUAGAUCAAGAAGUUCAUUUUUUAAAUCAAAAAGAAGAGGUAACAUUUAAACUAACAGAAAUAUUAAAAUCAUUGGAAAAACCAAAACAAGAAAAAGAAAUAGAUGAUGUUGUUUUACCAGAAUAUGUUGAACAUAAACAAACUGAGCAGCCUGAAAAUACCGAACGAAAUUCAUACAAAACAAAUUGUGGUGUAUAUCUACAUGAAGUAAAUAUAAUCGAUAAAACAUCUUAUAAUUAUAAAGAUAAUAAAUAUCCAAAUAUAAAUUCAAAUCAAAUAAGUAUAAAAGGUGAUAUGUAUGUUAAAAAUGUUAUACAUUUUCAAGACUCUUCUCAAUACAAUUUUUUAUAUAAAGUACAUAAAAUAGAAUGGUUUAUUGGCCUAGAUAUAAACGAUAAUAAAAUACAUGAAAUUUUACCACAAUCUCAAGGAAUGUGUUUUCAAAUACCAUUUGAAUCUUUAGGGAAAUAUAUAUUUUGUAAAGCAUAUAGAAAAGUAUAUAAAAAUACAAUAUAUCAAAAGGAAGAUAAAAAUACAAUUUUUGACCCUCAUACAUAUAGUAAUAAACCAAUCAAAUUUAAAACACGCCCAGAAUAUGUUGAAAUGUGCUCAAUAACAUCUAAAGGUCCUGUUUUACUAUCUAUAGAUAGUUCAUUUAAAAUUUUAAAACACUUAUGUAAUAAAUAUUUUCAGAUAAAAGUUAUUAUAGAAGAUCCGUUAAAUAAUUUAGAGAAUUUAUCUUCUUACUCGUCCUCAGACGAUGUAACAAGUACAACCAAUUCAGAAACAUCCGACACAAAUCAAGUUCAAUCUUUUGUAACUACUAUGUAUAUCGAUUUUGAGCAAAUAAAGUUUUAUAAUCCUAAUUUUUCUAUUACACCCAUAAAAAAGAAUGAAAUAAAAUGUGAUAAAAAUAUAGAAAAUGAAAAAAGGAAUCUACCCCAGUCAAAACAUUUUAGUAAUAGUAGUUCAUCUAUUACUACUAGCGAAGCAACAAAUAAAUCUUCAAAAAAAAACAGCCAAAAAAUAAACAAAACCAUACAAUGUGAUCAUAAAGAGAAUUCUAAAAGCGAAAAAAAAUUAUCCCAAGAAAAAAUUAAUAAUAAUGAAAAUCGAAUGGGAGCCCAUACUGAAUUGAUCUUUAAUUUGUAUGAGGUCGAAUUUAGACUAUCUAAUAAAGACAAUUCUAUAAUUCUUAUAAUUGAAAAUAAUUUAAAAGCAGAAUUAAAUUCGAUUAAAUACAAAAUGAUGAUUAUCAAACCAGUAGAUAAAACUAUUUCAACUAAUGAUUUAUGGACAAUUUUAUUAUCUUUUAAAUCUGCUUAUCCAUAUAAAUCAAUAUUUAAAAAAUAUUCAAAAACGAUUUUUAAAAAUACAAAUAUAUCCUUUGUACAAAAUAUAUUAAAUAAUUAUUUAAUAAAAUCACAAUUCCCAAAUGUACAUGAAACAUUACCCAUUCAAAAAAUUGGUACAAUUUUUAAUCAAUAG